AUGCCGGCAUCGCCCUUCUUUAACUUACUAAACGCUCUUGAGUCGAUUAACGAUGCUGAAAAGUACUCUGCUUUCCACAUCAUCAACACUGGAUAUAAGGCAUCCAUAGACGGGAAUUCCCACAUCACAGCUGACAUUCUGAUUCCACACACCUUGCGGGAUACCCAAUACCAAGGGCCCCGGCCGGUGAUUGUGAGAAUCCAUGGGGGCUUUCUUGUAACGGGAUCAAGCUUGUACCCACCGUGGUUCAGCAGCUGGAUCCUCGAAUAUGCGUUACUAAACAACGCCAUCAUCAUCUCCCCUAACUACAGGCUUCUCCCCGAAGUGAGUGGAAAAGAUAUUCUAGAUGACAUGAAUGACUUUUGGCACUGGCUCCACAGCGGAUCGGUAGAUCCCAUUAUUUGGGGUGCUGGAUACCAAGGUAUAACGUUAAACCAGUCUUCAGUCUUGGUGGUUGGUGAGAGUGCUGGAGGCUACCUAGCUAUUCAAUUGGCAAUCACUUACCCGUCGAAGAUACGUGGGGUCAUUGCAGCCUACCCCAUGGUGGAUUUACGAUCCAAGUUCUAUACAGAGGCAUACUCCAAGCCGAUUGUCGGAGUGCCCAAUGUCCCAGUCAACUUGCUCGACGAUCAUCUGGCCAUGAUGGCAACCAGGCAAAAUAGCCGAACUAAAUGGAUUACAGCAGCUGAUCCGCCAAAUCGGCUAGAGCUGGCAUUUUCGACUGUCCAGAAUGGCAAAUUUCUGGAUGUUUUCGGUUCCAAAGAUAGAGAGCUUUUUCCGAUCGAGAGACUCCAGAAUCUAAUCUCGACAGGCGUAAAUCUACAAUUACCACCGAUGUUUAUCUUUCAUGGAGAACAGGAUUCCGCAGUUCCGGUAGAUAGUUCAAAGAAAUUUGUACGGUUCCUGCGGGAGAAGCUGCCGCAUGCUCGUGUUAUGUUUUACACUCAAGAUGGGGAUCAUGGCUUUGAUGCAGAUGCAACGUUGCAGACUCCGUGGCUAAGGGAUGGAUUGGAGAGAAUUUCCAAAGUGUGGCUAGAAUCUCCCAGCUCUAAUCUUUAA